AUGGAGAAAAAUAAAAUGGACCCUGGGGGCAAACAAAAUACACGCCUCGAAUAUAUGCACCAUUUAGUUCACAUAUCUAACGUGGUUUUGAGUGAUCACAUAAAGUAUAUAAAAAAUGAAGAUGAGAAAUCUAGGGAGGAUUUUAGCCAACCAAUUUAUAGCUCUUUGCCACCACCCCUUUUGCAAAAAAUUAACAUUCGGGAUUUUGACGACUAUAUUCGUUACAUUACCAAGAUCAACACACUUAGUGACCUGAACAUACGCAACGUAGAGGAAAUUAGCCUCGACUACUUCGAGCGCAUUUUGAAUACCCCCCCCUUGGUUGAACAAGUGGACAAACCUUUCCAUGUAGAGCAACAUAUAGAACAUGGUUAUCAGGAGCGAGACACACAAUUUUCCAUUUUUAGCCAAUCGGGUGUCCACUCACAUGAUCAUUCGGAUAACCUGUCCACAUCAUCCAAAGCCCAGUUACAAUGGGAAUAUAAACAUAACUCCUUCCUCCAGGAGGAUACCUGGUGCGACAUGCCAACCCUUACGCGACAACAGAUAAAGCUGAACGAAACACUGGACCACAUCGACCGCGACAUCAACAACCUGAUCAGAAAAGAAUUCCGAAACUAUGUGAACAUAAUAACAAUUAUGAAGAAGCUAGAAGGAGAAAUAAAAAAUGUGCAAGACGAAAUAAAAACCCUAAGUACACACGUCAAUGAUGUAAAAGAAAUGCUAUUAAAAAUUAUUCAUUUAAAAAAAUAUAACGAUUUGAAGAGAAAAUGUAAAAAAGUAAAUCAAGUGCUUAAGAAAUUUUUACGCUUUCAGAGGUUAAUAAAAAUGCUGAAAAAGUUUUUACAAAAAAGGAAAUUUUAUCAUUGUCUUUUUAUAGUAAAUAAAAUUUUUAAAAUAUAUAUUUUUUUUAAAAAAAAAAAAAAAAAAUUUUUAUAUUUCCAGCAAUAUUUUUGUAAUUUCAAUAUAUCCUAUUUAAAAAGCUUCAUAUCUCAGAAUUUCCUUUUUUUGUUUUUUUUCCACUCCUUGUUGUUUUUGUUUCGAUCUAGACGGAUGGGGAAAUCUUCACUCUGUUCUGCUCAUUCGGUUAUUAAAAGGAGGGGUUGUCUGCGGUUUCGAAGUUCCUACAUUGGGAUGACUGUGCACACAAGGACAGACUAUACCACCACUACCCAGGAGGAGAACCCAUUCCGUGACAACCCAACAGAGUUAAGUAAACAGAACCCACACCUGCUCAAUUUUUCCUCCAAAGGUAGAGCCAAAAUCAACAUCUUCGUAAAAUUUCACAGACGAUUGAACGAAAAGUUUAUGCGCAACUUUCAUAGGAAAAAAAAAAAAAUUGUCAAGUACCGCAAAAACAAGGAAGAACAUUUUUUCAUGAAACGAUGGCAACAGGGAGUUCGCUUUCAUUUUUUUAAAAAAAAUAAAAAUAGAGGAACCUAUGACCAUCACCUUGUUCGUUUGAAUAAUCUAUUCAUUCCCGCACUAUUCUUUAACAACUUUUUCGACUCGUUGCGUACCUUCUGUUCAAGGGAAAGUUAUUUAAAGCAUUUUGUGGACGAUCUUUUUUAUGGUGUUUUGCAGGAGACCCUUUCGGCUUUGCGAAGUGAUCAGAUAUACGACAUAGGGGAGAUAUCCCUUUUCUGUGCAGAGGAGGUUGCAUCUCAAUCAGAGAAAGAGGAGGAAAGUUCAUGCCCCCACAAAGCAGAUUUAGAGUUAGACUUAAAAUUGAAACGGGCCAAAGAAGACAAACAGGAGGAGAAAAAUCAAUCGCUAACUGCAGAAUGUAUCAACUAUGGGGAGUGCUAUCCUUCAGGAACCAUAGCCCUCACGUGCGAACAUCUUGUGAUAGAAAAAUGUAGAAAAAAAAAAUACAUUCUAAGGUUUGAUCAGGAUGGAUGGAGCAAAUUGUACAGACAUAUUGGCCUUCUCCCAGUGUCCAACUUAAUUCAUUUGAUGCGCACAUUUUUUGCAAAAAUAAAAAUUAUCCACAGGAGGAUUAAUAAGUGGGCUUCAUUUUUAAUGGGCAGAAUUAUUUUCUCAUUUUUGGACGAUACGUUUGCAGAGAAUUUUGCGAAACACAUUCCAUACCUCAUACCGCACCUUACCCCCGUGGACAGUGUCCCAUUCUGUAAAGGCAACAGAUCAUUUCAUAUGAUGAAACAUGCAUACUUUAAAUUUUGGAAAAGCUACCGAGAUAUACACCACGUUCUUUUUAAACUUCUCCUCGCAAGGAUAAGCGACAUGUUAAAUGUUAGAAAGAAAUGCAGUAUCCAUCUCGGUAUCAAUCAGGUGAUUUCUCUCUAUUGGACUAUUUUUCCCAUGUUAUCCUUCGUACGCAGGAAGGGUAAAAAUUUGCAGAAGAAAUAUUCUCUUUCUUUUGUGAGAAAUAUGCACCGGGUUGUGAAGAGCGCCCAAGUGUCGCGGAUAGAGCAUCUGUGUGGGGAGGUUCAGGAGGGGAGGAAACAGCUCCGUGUGAGGAGAAGGUUGAAAAGGAAUCAAUUCAACAUUCCCAAAGAGAUGAAAACAUUAAACUGCAAUUUAGGUAGGUCACUGAGUGGAAUAAUAAAAGUCGGGAAUGUUCUCCCUGUUUGUCUUCCCCCGAGGAAAGAAGCGAAGUGUUGUGAGGAAAAAGCGCAUGAACGUAGUAACAUCGUGGAGAAAUCGAAAGAUGCUCUACCGCAAUGGAGUGAUAAAUUUGGCGCAAACAAUGAGGAACCACAUACAUUGGACCAUACGGGAGAGUAUAACCCUAGAUAUUCCCACCCAAGGCGUUCCCUUCCCAGAUAUGCAAACGUGCGUAUAUGCAGUCAGAAUUUUUACAUCCCAUCCCGAGUGAGGAUAGCCAUCCUAAGGCGAGGAAAAAGAGAGCAAAUAAAAUUGGGCCGUUUCCUUCAACAUGUAAUUACGAAGACACCACAUGGGAAGAAAGGCAAGUGCAGAUUGACCCAUGAGGAGAGGAAGCUCUGCAGACAAAUCAAAAGAAGCAUAAGAACGGAAUUCCUAGUGGCCAUAAAUAAUUUUUAUGAAUUUAAAAAAAUACAAAUGGAAAAAUCAUUGGAAAUUGAAAAAUGGAAUAUACUGGAAGACAUUCCAAAGGAAAUAAAUGCUCAGAUGGAAAAAUAUUUUAAAAUAAAAAAUGAGCAUACAAAUAAAUUAUGCAUAAAUCAUGAACUAUUUUACUUAACCAACAGCACAGUGUCUUUCCUGUGUAUUAUUUUUCAGUAUAUCCACUUCAUGCUCUCUCUACCGCACGUUUCAUUUGAAAUUGUCUCCAAGAUUUUAACCUUCUAUGAUAAACAGUUCCUCAAAGUGGUGCAUCACUUCAUCAUGGAGGGGCAUGCCGUUACCAAUUGCACGCUCAAGAGUAUCACCAUUAAGAUUCUGUCUCUGGUUAUUCACACCCUCGAUUUUGCAGACUGCACGCUGAGGCGUGUAUAUGCCAUUUGGCGCCACCUCUUGUGUACGCGCCGGGGGGAAGAGCCUCCAGGGGGGGUCGGCAACCAAAUGAUCAACCAAAUAGGCAACCAAAUGAUCAACCAAAUAGGCAACCAAAUGAUCAACCAAAUAGGCAACGAAAUAAGCAACCAAAUGAACAACCAAAUGGAAGAUGAGAUACUUCCCAACUCCAUUACAAGCAGGAAGGAGGACACCCCAAAUGCGCAAAUAAACGUAACUCAAUUUUCAGAUCACCCUAAGGAUCGCUACACUGGGAAGGAACCUCAUCCAAGAGAUGUCCAAUUGGAAAAGGCGAAAACGAAUCUGCGGGGAAAUGCCCAACAAAGGUACUCUCCUGGGCACAAAAAGGAAGAUCAAAAUGGGUCCACUUUACCCCAUGCAGACAAGUGCAAGAAAAGGGAAAGAACAACAAUUAGUAAAAAGACGAACUACGGAAGGACCAACCAAAUGUCGUCCUUAGGAAAAAAUGAGAAGCGUACGCAUGACGAUAUAUUACAAGGGAUGGAUACAAACUGGGUAGACUCCGUUUUAGUAGAUUUUACAAAAUCUUUCAAGUAUCCCAUCAGAGGGAACCCUAAUGGUGUCCUUCGUGGCAUCCUCCGUGGCAUUUGCGCAUCGAAACAAGAAGAAGAAAAGGUUAAGGCAAAUUUUAAGCAUAUGCUAGAUAAGUCAUUCCUUUUGAAGAAAAAGUUAUCGGAAAAGAUAGUUGAUAUUUUAUCGACUCGGUUUGAUUACUACACCAACAUAUGGCUGGUGUCGGACAGCUUGUUGGAGAAUCACUUGGUGAACUCCCUUAGUUACGAGUGUGACAUACUACCCUAUGGGAUGCAGCUGCGCUCCACCUUCAAGCUCCUGACAACCUACCUGCACGACGAACAUACCAGGAACAUCUACCGACAACUCUUCCAGGAUAUCGCGAACCGUUUCAGCCUACGCAUCAAUGUCCUCAGAGGAAACGACAAGUAUAAGAAAAUUAUUUCUAGACUCCUGGACAACUCUGCGCCAGUGAAAUCAAAAAUAGACCAAUUGAUUAUGCACUAUCACAACUACGAACUGAAGGAGAAAACUGCUCACAACAUUCACAAAAACGUAGGGGAUAAAAUCCUCAUCGAUAUUACCAACGUCUUGAUCAUUCUCUACAAGGUUCCCCUUUUGUCUGACAUCAUAGAAACGUUUUUAAACGACUUUCUAAAAAUUUGUAAGUCCCACUGGUAUGUAACCAUAGACCCCUUUGUAAUUCUGAGCAAGUACAAAAAGUAA